AGAUGGAGAACAGUUCCCUCUCUCACUCUCUUCCUUACUUCUGUGCCACUUCUAUAUUAAGGUCAUGGAUCCGAAGUUAACCUAGCAUUUGUGAAGAGGUUUGGAGGAUGGAGAAGAGUAGCUUCUUGGUCUCUUUCCUCCCGCUGCUGCUGCUCUUGCUGCCUUACUGUGUCUUGGGGGAUGACCCUUACAGGUUCUUCACCUGGAAUGUGACCUAUGGCGAUAUCUGGCCCAUGGGAGUCAAGCAACAGGGGAUUUUGAUCAAUGGCCAGUUCCCAGGACCACAGAUCGAGGCCGUCACCAAUGACAACCUUAUCAUCAAUGUCUUCAAUAGCUUGCCGGAGCCCUUCCUCCUCUCCUGGAAUGGGGUACAGCAGAGAAGGAACUCAUGGCAAGAUGGUGUUUAUGGCACCAACUGCCCCAUUCCCCCCGGUGGGAACUUUACGUACGUCAUGCAAGUGAAGGACCAGAUCGGCAGCUACUUCUACUUCCCCUCGCUGGCCUUCCACAAGGCUGCCGGUGGAUUUGGUGGCAUCAGAGUUCUAAGCCGCCCGCUGAUCCCGGUGCCUUUCCCUCCUCCUGCAGCUGAUUACACUCUGUUGAUCGGUGACUGGUACAAGGCCAACCACACUGACCUGAGAUAUAUACUGGACAGUGGCAGAGAUCUUCCCUUCCCUGAUGCAAUUCUGAUCAAUGGCAGAGGACAGUAUGGGAACACCUUCACUGUCGAACAAGGCAAAACGUAUCGGUUUCGGGUGUCGAAUGUGGGGUUGGCGACGUCGUUGAACGUGAGGAUUCAAGGCCAUGCGAUGCUGCUGGUGGAGGUGGAAGGCUCACACACCCUGCAGAACACCUACUCCUCCUUCGAUCUCCAUUUGGGCCAGUCUUGCUCGUUCCUCGUCACGGCAGAUCAACCACCCAUGGACUACUACAUCGCGGUUUCGUCCCGGUUCACGAGCACCGUGCUGUCAACCACCGCCGUCCUCCACUACAGCAACUCUGGCGGGCAGCCCGUCGGUCCGCCGCCUGGAGGGCCGACGAUUCAGAUCGACUGGUCCCUCAACCAGGCGCGAUCUAUUCGAUGGAAUCUGACAGCGAGUGGCCCGAGACCGAAUCCGCAAGGCUCAUAUCACUAUGGUCUCGUGAACACCACAAGAACCAUCAGGCUCGCAAGCUCUGCUCCUGUCAUCAAUGGCAAGCAAAGAUACGCUGUCAACAGCGUCUCCUUCAUCCCAGCUGACACUCCACUAAAAGUGGCCGACUUCUACAACAUCCCCGGGGUCUUCUCGCUCGGAAGCAUGCCGGACAACCCGACCUACGGAGCUGGUUAUCUCCAGACCUCGGUCAUGGCGGCUAAUUUCAGAGACUACGUCGAGAUCAUCUUCGAGAACUCGGAGGACACCUUGCAAUCAUGGCAUAUCGAUGGGUAUUCCUUCUGGGUUGUAGGAAUGGAUGGAGGGCAAUGGACUCCGGCAAGCAGGGACGGUUACAACCUGAGGGAUGCAGUGGCUCGUUGCACAGUUCAGGUGUACCCCAAGUCAUGGUCUGCAAUCUACAUGCCUUUGGACAACGUAGGAAUGUGGAACAUCAGGUCCGAGAACUGGGCUCGCCAGUACUUGGGGCAGCAGUUCUACCUCCGAGUGUACUCUCCGGCCAACUCAUGGAGGGAUGAGAAUCCCAUCCCGAGGAACGCCCUCCUCUGCGGCCGGGCGUCGGGGCGCAGGACGAGGCCGCUCUGAUCCAGCCAGAAGAACGAAGCAUUGUCACGAGAGGGUGACAAGUUCGCACCAGCCAUUAGAAGACUCGAGGAAAAGCAUCGACGAGAGCUGUGGCACAUCUAAAUUGAUAGCUGUGGAUCUUCUCUUCGUGUUAUGGCAUCUCUUGUUGUAUCAUUGUAUUUGAGCUAUGAGUUCUGCCACCAUGCAUCACGUAUUCUUGAACUGUGUUCCAAGUAUUGUUGCAAUGAGAUUUAUUGCAUGGCCAAUUUGAAGCCAAAAGUA